GUUCGAUUCCCGCUUCCGACUUGUGUGUGUGGAGUUUGCAUGUUCUCCCCGUGCCUCGGGGGUCUCCUCCGGGUACUCCGGUUUCCUCCCCUGGUCCAAAGACAUGCAUGGUAGGUUGAUUGGCAUCUCUGGAAAAAGUGUCCGUAGGGUGUGAGUGCGUGAGUGAAUGAGUGAGUGUGUGUGCCCUGCGAUGGGUUGGCACUCCAUCCAGGGUGUAUCCUGCCUUGAUGCCCGAUGACUCCUGAGAUAGGCACAGGCUCCCUGUGACCUGAGGUAGUUCGGAUAAGCGGUAGAUAAUGGAAUGGAAUUAUUAAUAUCACAGGUCACAGUUCAUCUUCUAAGAUGCUCCGCAACGUCUUUCUUGUCACUUUGGUCAUGUGUUCAGUCUGUGCAGUUCAUUGGGAGAUUCGUGAAGUGGAGUCCUCUGAAGAUGUCGAUGUAAUGCCUGCUGACAAAAUGACAAAACAGAAGCUGCCUGGCGUUUGUUGGGCGUGUAAUUGGGUCAUGAGAAAGGUAAAAAAAAUGAUCACCCCGAAUUCAACCAAGGAAGAAAUAGAAAAAGAUCUACAUGCCGUCUGUGAGAAAAUUGGCUUUUUGAAAAGCUUAUGCAAGAGUUUUGUUAAAAAGUAUUUGGGCACUUUGGUGGAGGAUCUCAGCACCACAGAUGGUCCAAAAACUAUCUGCGUCAACGUCGGAGUCUGCAAGUCAAAAUCAUCAUUCUCUGAAAAGUUCAUUCCUUCAUCUGAUCCAGAAUUUGACAAUUUCCUAAUGGGAUCAGAUUACUAGCAGCACAUACUAAAUUUAUAUGUGUACAUUUAAUAAAAUAAAAUAUAUCUAUUGAACAAA